AUGGAGGAUGUUGUUCGCACUCUACCCGAGGCGUCGGUACAGGAGACCAGCUUUGAGGAUGACGCACUGACGGACAAUGACGACGCUGCACGACGUCAACAACCCCCUCAACAAGAGACACAGGCAGAAGAGGCCGCUCCCAGCCCGGCUGCAAACAGCCCACGGCUACCGUACGGGUCUGUGUCGAGGCAGAAUAGCCAGGAACCCAGCCACAAUGGGUCCUCAAAGCUCACCACAUCCUCCGGGUCCGCUGCUCGAGCCCUCGCGCCCGACCUCCUGCGGGGCCUGAUGAUGGUGCUCAUGGCCCUGGAUCACAACACCCUCGCCUUGAGCCCCUGGGAGCACGAGACCGCCAUCAACGGUGAGGUUGACAGCGGGGAGCCGGUGCGCCGCUGGAACCGGCCAGUCGCCUACAUCAUCCGCUCGCUCACCCACCUCUGCGCAUCAGGCUUCACCUUCCUGCUCGGCAUGGGCGUCGUCUACUUUGGGAGGUCCCGUAGGGCCCUGGGCUGGUCCGCAGGCAGGAUGGUCCAGCACUUCUUCGCCCGGGCCCUGGUGCUCACCUUCAUUUGUGUCCCAAUAGGGCUCGUGUUCACCCUGGGCAAGUUCUGGUUCAUGAACGGCGUGCUGUUCGCCCUGGCGGUGGACUACCUCCUGGCCGGGCUGCUGUGGCUUCUCAUCUCGAGGACCGAGGAGGCCUUAGCAUUUGGCCUGCUGAAGGUCCUGCCGGAUGCGAAGAAGGAUGACGCCAGCGAGCCUUUGCUUGCCGACCGCAGGGGUGAGGAGGACAUUGCCCCCGACAGGAAGAUCAUGCGUGCCUCCGAUGUUUCGUGGCAUUUCCACAAUGCCAUGCUGCUGGUCCUCGCGGUGGUCACGACCUGGUGGAAUCUGUGGCUGUCUCCCACUGGGGCUCACUGCAAAUCACCAGAGGGCACGCAUGAUCUCGCAGCUGCGAUGAGCCCGCCGCAAAGCAACUGGUUCCGUGUAUGGUUCCACCCUUUCAUCGCAGGUGGUUUCGUCUCCGGCUAUCCACCGCUGGCCUGGGUGUCCUUCGCAAUCCUGGGCCUUCUCUACGGCCGCGUCGUCCUCGCUAGGCCAUGGACCAAGACAGUCCUCACAGUCGGCAAUAUCAUGGGGGCCUUGGCAUUCUUGCUUGUCUUCACCCUGACACGCGUGCUGCAAUUUGGUAACCUCUCCAAAGACUGCCUCCACAUGCCAGAGCAUGAGGCCAAUCCAGACGCCAACCCUUACCUCGUCUCUUGGCAGUCAUUCUUCUACCUCGUCAAGUACCCCCCUGACGUGGCAUUCUGGUCGUACGGCAUCGGCUUCAGCCUCUUGCUGCUUGCUUUCCUCGGGGCCCUCCCGGCAGUCGUGGCCUCGACGGUAUUGAACCCCCUGCUUGUCUACGGGACCUCGGCUCUGUUCUUCUACAUCACGCACCAGGUCCUGCUCCUCGCCACCGGGCUCAUCUGGCUUCCCAGGUUCGGGCACGACAAGGGGUGGACCAAUCCCCCGAUCGGUGACAAGGUUGUGGGGAUUGACAGCCUCUGGGUAUACUGGCUUAACUGGGUGCUCGUACUCGCGGUGCUUUACCCCUUGUGUAGAUUGUAUGGGGCGUUCAAGAAGACAAAAGGGCCUGAUUCACUCUGGAGGUUUUUCUAA